UCAUCUAGAACUUUCUAGUGCCUUCGGCUCGCCGUCUUCCACUCUUCCUCCGCUUCCACAUCAUUCUGGGCCCUCCGCGAAUUCUCCCUUCCCGCCUCUUAUAAUCCAUCUCCUCUCUCUCCAAAUCCCAGAUAACCAACCGAAAAACACAAACGCCAAGCGAAUCGCGGCAAGGAAUUCGACGAAGACCUUGUUAAUCCCCAAUCACCACUGCUUGUUCUAGCCUGUAGAUUGUUCGGUAGAAGAAGGUAGCGAUGAAUCCCGACAAGUUCACGCACAAGACCAACGAGGCGCUGGCCUCGGCGCACGAGUUGGCGUCGGAUGCCGGCCACGCCCAGAUCACGCCGCUGCACCUCGCCGCGGCGCUGGCCGCGGACCGGUCGGGCGUCCUCCGCCAAGCCAUCGCGCACGCGUCCGGCGGCAACGACAUCGCCGCCGCGGAUUCCUUCGAGCGCGUCGUCGCCUCCGCGCUCAAGAGAAUGCCCACGCAGUCGCCGCCGCCGGAGACCGUCCCGGCGUCCACCGCGCUGGUCAAGGUCAUCCGCCGCGCGCAGUCUGCGCAGAAGGCGCGCGGGGACUCCCACCUCGCCGUCGACCAGCUGCUCGUCGGCCUCCUCGAGGACCCCCAGGUCUCCGACGCGCUCAAGGAGGCCGGCGUCGCCGCGUCGCGGGUGAAGGACGUCGUCGAGAAGCUCCGCGGUGACAACCGCCGCGUGGAGUCCGCCUCGGGGGACAGCAGCUUCCAGGCGCUCAAGACGUACGGCCGCGACCUGGUCGAGGUGGCGGGCAAGCUCGACCCGGUCAUUGGCCGCGACGACGAGAUCCGGCGCGUGGUGCGGAUCCUGUCGCGGCGCACGAAGAACAACCCCGUCCUCAUCGGCGAGCCCGGCGUGGGCAAGACCGCGGUCGUGGAGGGGCUCGCUCAGCGGAUCGUGCGCGGCGAUGUCCCCAGCAACCUCCUCGACGUGCGCCUCGUCGCGCUCGACAUGGGCGCCCUCGUCGCCGGCGCCAAGUACCGCGGCGAAUUCGAGGAGCGGCUCAAGGCCGUGCUCAAGGAGGUGGAGGAGGCCGAGGGGAAGGUGAUCCUGUUCAUCGACGAGAUACACCUCGUGCUCGGCGCCGGGAGGACGGAGGGUUCCAUGGACGCGGCUAACCUGUUCAAGCCAAUGCUCGCGAGGGGGCAGCUCAGGUGCAUUGGCGCGACGACACUCGAGGAGUACCGAAAGUACGUCGAGAAGGACGCAGCAUUCGAGAGGCGGUUCCAGCAGGUGCACGUUGUUGAGCCCAGCGUUGUCGACACUGUCAGUAUCCUGAGAGGCCUUAAGGAGAAGUACGAGGGACACCAUGGUGUCAGGAUCCAGGACCGUGCGCUCAUCGUUGCCGCGCAGCUCUCGUCGAGGUACAUCAUGGGUCGCCAUCUGCCUGACAAAGCUAUCGAUUUGGUUGAUGAGGCCUGCGCAAAUGUGAGGGUGCAGCUCGACAGCCAACCGGAGGUGAUUGACAACCUUGAGAGGAAGAGGAUUCAGCUUGAGGUCGAGCUCCACGCGCUCGAGAAGGAGAAGGACAAAGCCAGCAAAGCUCGGCUAGUUGAGGUAAGGAAAGAAUUGGACGAUUUGAGGGACAAGCUGCAGCCGCUGCAGAUGAAGUACCGCAAGGAGAAAGAGAGGAUAGAUGAGAUCAGGAAGCUGAAGCAACGUCGGGAAGACAUGCUGUUCAGCGUCCAGGAAGCCGAGCGCCGGAUGGAUUUGGCCCGCGUAGCAGACAUCAGAUACGGUGCUCUCCAAGAGGUUGAUGCUGCCAUUGCCAAGCUGGAGGGUGAAACCGGAGAGAACCUGAUGCUGACUGAGACUGUUGGCCCGGAGCAGAUUGCUGAGGUGGUGAGCCGCUGGACUGGCAUUCCAGUGACUAGGCUUGGACAGAAUGAAAAGGAGAGGCUGGUUGGGCUGGCUGAUAGGCUUCAUCAGAGAGUCGUUGGACAGCAAGAAGCUGUCAACGCAGUUGCAGAGGCUGUUCUGAGGUCCAGGGCUGGUCUUGGGCGGCCACAGCAGCCUACUGGCUCAUUCCUCUUCCUUGGACCGACAGGUGUAGGCAAGACUGAGCUUGCCAAGGCUCUUGCUGAGCAGCUAUUUGAUGAUGAGAACCUGCUUGUUCGGAUUGACAUGUCCGAAUACAUGGAGCAGCAUUCAGUUGCCCGGCUAAUCGGAGCACCACCUGGGUAUGUUGGCCACGAGGAAGGAGGUCAACUGACAGAACAAGUUAGGAGGCGACCCUACAGUGUCAUUCUCUUUGAUGAGGUUGAGAAAGCACAUGUGGCAGUGUUCAACACUCUGCUCCAGGUUCUAGAUGAUGGUAGGCUGACUGACGGUCAAGGCAGGACAGUAGACUUCAGGAACACUGUGAUCAUCAUGACCUCAAACCUUGGCGCUGAGCACCUCCUUGCCGGGAUGGUGGGCAACAACUCGAUGAAGGCUGCUCGCGAUCUGGUUAUGCUGGAGGUGAGGAGACAUUUCCGGCCCGAGCUUCUGAAUCGUCUGGAUGAGAUCGUGAUCUUCGAUCCCUUGUCGCAUGAGCAAUUGAGGAAGGUUGCUCGGCUGCAGAUGAAAGAUGUGGCUGUCCGCCUUGCUGAAAGGGGUGUUGCCUUAGCUGUGACUGAUGCUGCCUUGGAUGUGAUCUUGUCGCUCUCUUACGAUCCGGUCUAUGGUGCCAGACCGAUCAGGAGAUGGAUUGAGAAGAGAGUAGUGACCGAGCUGUCCAAGAUGUUGAUCAAGGAAGAGAUAGACGAGAACUCCACGGUGUUCAUAGACGCUUCUCCCAACAAGGAAGAGCUGACUUACAAGGUCGACGCGAACGGAGGACUGGUGAAUGCGCAGACAGGGCAGAAGUCUGAUAUCUUGAUCCAGGUUCCUAGUGGAGCUAUCAACGGCGGAACAGCACAAGCGGUGAAGAAGAUGAGAAUCAUGCAAGAUGAUGAAGAUGCUGACGACAUGGAAGAAGAGUAGAAUAGACAUAGGGAACUCUCCUCGACGUAGUUAUAGACAAUUGUUGUGUGAAAAUUGUGUGAGGUGCAAUGCUUGGGGCUGUCAAGUGCUAACGCCCCUGCAAAUGAAAGUGUUGAGAUGAAAUCGAACUGUGGAUAUUAAGGCAAGAUUCCGUUACAUUGAAUUCGGAGUGUGUUGAUUACCCA